GACUGCCGGGGGCUCCUCUCCACCUGGCACCACGUCUCCCGCCGCAGGUUCAGCUCCAGAAGAGCCCGCUCUUCAGAUGCCGACAUUGCGAUGGUUUUGGUUUUUGUUUGUUUGGUGUGUUUUUCCCGUUUAUAAAUGAUCCAAAGUGUAGUCAGGUUGUGGUGCGGGAGGUUCCAUGGCAACGGGAAACCUGAGGCAGCUUGCCUGCACAUCAAAGAUCUUUUGUGUGCAGGAGGAUGUGUUACUCUUCCGGGAGCUUAACACCACACAAGGCUUCCAGAGUUUACUGUCUUUCCCAAAGCUUAGAGGUUUGAAUAACUACAACCUUUGAUAUUCUCCUUUUUUGGCAGCGAUGUCAAAGCUUCUUUUUAGUUCUCAUUUAAAGUUGCCGAAAAAACAGGCCUCCCACUGACUCAGAAGAAAGUCGCGACUGCUUCAUCGAAUACAGGCUUAAGAACCAACUGACCUAAAACUAUGUAAGACCUCAUAUCAAUAUCUACCAAUACCUGAUCAUUUUAGCCCAAAUGAUCUCUGUCAUAACGACAUGGAGAACACUGGCAGCGGGCUAAGGCUCAUAAAUAAAUCUGUUCGACACACUCCCGUUUGUUGUCCCCCCCACAUUUUGCUCCUGAGAAGUGGUUCUCACAUGAUGAUGUGUGUGUCUAUCACUGGACAAAAGGACCAGGCAACCCCCCCCCGUUGGUACCUGUAAAUAAAAACAGAGUGAGAGCUCCCGUCCCCCUCCCCUCUCCCCCCAAACCGAGGCAAACAGGGUGUCAGAAGGUUUGUGGCCUCGGACGUCCAGGGCUAGAGAGACGACAGCCAUCACAAGCUGAGGGAUUGCGUUUGCUGUCAAGUGUCUGCCAGGUGUCUCAGUUUCAGCUCAUGCGACGCUACCAGAAAAACUCCGGACACAAGUACUUUACACUCAACGUAAUUCAACUGAGAACUGUGUUGAGUUUCAGAACAGCAGUGAGCGGGUCGGAAAAUGUCGGGGUUUCAAGGGUGCGGUCGGGCGCGUUGUGAUUAGGACCUUUCAAAGGGCAAAAUAGACGUGAACUGAACUUUUAAGUCCGAAGGGUCUCUCUCUUUAGUCUCUUUUCUAUUCUUUUUUCCAUUUUUAAUAAUGAAAGCAUGAAACCAGUGGAAUCACCCGUGGGCUCGCACUUCUACCUGCAGCUUGUACCCGCUGCAAGUGGAGUCCCUCUGGGUCAGACGGUGAUUAGGAUUAGGGCAGAUAACGGCCUGAGCAUAUGGAGUUUAUGGACCAAGCACGGACAUUACAGGCCUGCAAGGGGCCUCGUGUUUGUCAUUUGCACUUCCGCCUGUCGACGAAUUCAUCUGAUUGUUUAACAGUAACAUUUAGCUUUUAGUUCAGGUCUUACAGAAAUGGUAAAUGUAACGUGCUUCAACUGAGGUUAAACGCACAUUCAACGUUCACUCACAGUGAAAUGUUCCUUAAAAAUAUAUUAAUGUUUAAUAUUGAUGUAGGGUUUGACAGUGGUUGUCUCAUUAACUAAGUACAUUUGGUAUUAAAUUUUGCAAUUAGUAUUUUUAUUAAUGCAUGAUAUCCACGUGACAGACUAAACAGAAGGAAAUGUAGUAUUUCCAUUGAACUAUUACCAUCAACUCUCACAACAUGUGAUGGGUGAUGGCAGGGCUCACCGGCUGAAAGUCCACAACGGGCCAUGUUUCCCUGCACAGGCUGUUGCAUCAUGGUUCCACAUGGUCCCCGAUCACCACCACAUAAACCCCCCUGGCCGUGCUACGAGAUACCGCAGCCUCUUGCUGCUCUUCUAUUGGUUCGCCAGCAUCGGAAGGCCUUGUGUCAGCGUCGGCUGAACAAAAGAUAGAGGGACCUAGAGAGGAAACCAGACGGCGAGAGAGAGAGAGAGAGAGAGAGAGGCGCACAAGUCGGGCAGCCGGAGCCGGAGAGAAGCAGAGACCGGAGGUUUAGUGAGGAGUGGGACGCGUUCAAGUAGGUUGUCCGACUAACUGAUCAGGUCCCGGGCAUUUCGUAGUCAUCCACGUUCUCUAUAGCAUCGUAGCGACUUCCACCGGCAACCGAAUGAGGAAACCGGUCUGUUUGGCGUUUCCGCGCUUCUUGCCAGGCGCCUAACUGUCAGCUCUCGACCCAGCGGCGGAGAAGAGAAGAGGAGGAAAACGAAAACAAAACAAAACAAAAAAAAGGUAUCAUGGUCGCCGGCGAGCUCGUGCAGGAGCAUCUGCGCGCGGAUACCGGCGCACCUGACGACAUCGCGGUCGUCGGGAAGACCCCCGAGCUGCAGGGCGCAGCCGCGCGGGACGCGGAUCCGACAUACGGCGCGUCGCCGGCGUGCGGCGCUGCGGGGGCGGACGCCGACACUGCGCCGGAGCAGGAGAAGGAACCGCCGCCGGAUGAGAGAGAGGCGAUGCUGCCCGACGGAGGCGGAGACGGAGGCGAGGCGGAGGAGGAGGGGAAGAGGCCGGAGACGAGACUCUACUGGCGCCGGUUCGCCGUGUUGACCGUUUUCAGCCUGUACUCCCUGGUCAACGCCUUCCAGUGGAUCCAGUACAGCAUCAUCGCCAACGUGUUCACCCAGUACUACGGCGUGACCAACGACAAGGUGGACUGGCUGUCCAUCGUCUACAUGGUCGCCUACGUGCCGCUCAUCUUCCCGGCCACCUGGCUGCUGGACCGGAGAGGUCUGCGCCUCACGGCCCUGCUGGGCGCCGGCCUCAACUGCGCCGGCGCAUGGCUCAAGUGCGCCAGCGUCAGCCCCGAGCUGUUCGGAGUCACCGUCACCGCGCAGGUCAUCUGCUCCGUGGCGCAGGUGUUCAUCCUCGGCCUGCCGUCCCGCAUCGCCUCGGUGUGGUUCGGGCCCCGGGAGGUUUCCACCGCGUGCGCCGCGGCCGUGCUCGGGAACCAGCUGGGAACAGCCAUAGGCUUCCUGUUGCCUCCAGUUUUAGUCCCAAACACGCCCGAGGAUGUGAAACUGACGGGUCAGAACAUCAGCCUCAUGUUCUACGGCACCGCCGCUGUCUCCACGGGCCUCUUCAUCCUCACGGUUAUAGUCAUAAAGGACCGCCCUCCCCUCCCUCCCAGUCAGGCCCAGGCUGUCUUACCAGACUCCCUUCCUGAAGAUUACUCCUACAAACAGUCCAUCAUCAACCUGAUAAAGAAUAAAGCCUUCGUCCUGCUGCUCAUCAGCUACGGUAUAAUGACUGGUUCCUUCUAUUCUGUCUCAACACUUCUCAACCAGAUGAUCAUGGCCUGCUACGAGAAUCAGGAGUUGAACGCUGGGAGAAUUGGUUUGACUCUGGUUGUUGCUGGGAUGGUUGGAUCCAUCCUCUGUGGCGUGUGGCUGGACCGCACAAAGACGUACAAGAUGACGACUCUGAUCGUGUACGGCCUGUCGUUUCUGGGCAUGGUGGUCUUCACCUUCACUCUGAACCAAGACGACAUUUACCUGGUCUUCUUCACCGCUGGAGUCCUGGGGUUCUUUAUGACGGGUUACCUGCCUCUGGGCUUCGAGUUUGGAGUGGAAAUCACCUACCCAGAGUCUGAAGGAACAUCGUCAGGACUCCUCAAUGCUUUCGCUCAGAUAUUCGGGAUCAUUUUCACUCUGAUUCAGGGGAAGCUGACCACGGAUUACAACCCACUGGCUGGAAACCUCUUCCUCUGCGCUUGGAUCUUUCUUGGGAUACUGCUCACUGCCUUAAUCAAGUCAGAACUGAAAAGACACAAUGUCAACAUGGGAGCAGACAGCAACCACCUUCAAGCACUCCCUACUGAGUGUGUUGGGGACUGCCCUUCAGAGAAGAAAACCAACGGAGUCAAGCUGGAGCCCUCGAUCAGCUUCUCCCGAGAAACCUCACUGUGACCCUGCCAAGAGGCUGACUCGCAGGACAAAUGAGAAGGCCUCCCUGCUGCCCUGGGAUACGUGCUGGCGCCACAGCGCACAUGUGAUGCACCUAAAGGUGCGCUUGAUUUUUAUUGCCGAGCAGAAUUUCCUCGAUAUUUGGGAAGGUGAAGGCUCUGGAUUUGAGCCAAGUCUAAUCAAGCACAGCCACAAUCUACACUGGAUUCAGGCCGGGCAGGGUGACCAGCAGGAAUCAGAGGGAGCUGUCGGGUGAAACCUCCACACAACAGUCCUCUGCAGAGGAAUCCAGGUCCCUCAUGCUCCCAAACACUUGUGAAGACGAAGCCUUACCUCCAGUUUUCCAGUUUCCUCCUGGCACAGUCGUUUUGGAUUGGUUAAAAAAAAAAAAAAAGUAUGCAAGCGAUGGCAUGCAAAAGAAGCUCCACUGCACUUUAUUUGUAUUGUAGCUUGUGAAGCAUGGUGCUUUUAGUUUGGUUACUGGAUGCAAAUCCAGCUCGGGGGGAAAAACAGACUGGUAAAACAAGCUCCAGUUUCCUGGAUCACUCAUCACAAGGUUUGCCGCGGUUGAAGCAAAAUGUCCCUGUGACUCUAGAGGGAUCAUAACAGCGGGUGAAGUCUCCAGGAGGAGGAAACAGAAAAGCCUUUCUCUUCGGUUUUGUCCUGUGGCCUCUGCCCGUCGAACAAGGCCAACAUAUCCUGAGUUUACUUGAAUUAUCCUUUGAUGCUCCGGACUGCAGUUGUGAGACACUCCAAGUGUUGUUGCGUUAUGUUAUCGUUUCGUUUGGUUUCUUCUUUACAUACAACAGUGGUUAUGUCGUAAAGUAGCCAGAGGUCUAGACAAACACAUAGUGCAUGAAAGUAAAUCUUACACAGCUGACAUUGUCUAAAAUCAUCUGGAAAUUUUCUUUUGCAGCUUCUUUGUGACACAGGUUUACGUAUGAAUGUGCUUUGUAUUUGCUGGGAUACAUAAAUCUUUGACUGUGCCUACCUGGUACAGCAAAAAUCACAAAACAAAACGAAACAAAUUUCAAAGGGCGCAUCCCAGAGCUUUUUCCCUCUGUCCCUUCGUUUACUCAACAUCCCACAGGGGACAAAGAGGUGAGGGGAGAACAGUUUAUUCCACUUUAUGAAGGGGCCCUGACAUAAAUAACACCAAACACCAAAACACUAUGCUCAUGAUUCAUGUUAACUAAUUAGCAAAUCAUAAGCAGUUCUCAAAACUUCUGGGCCUCUAUCUAGGGCUCUGUUUAUUAACCAAUGUCUUUCAUCCAUCAUUUCACAUCCAAACGUUAAUGUGAAAUAGUUGCCAUCACGAUAGGUUCCGGCAAACAGUUCGGUGACACCUUGAAGAAAAGUUACAGAUUUGUUUAGACGAUACCUUAAUUUGUCUCUGACUAAUAGGGUUAAAGAAGAUUAUGACGUUAGAGAAACAACUAUCUGCUGUAGUAAAAUAGAACAUGUACUGUAUGUAAUAUGGCUUGUACUAUAGCUCCAUGACGACACAGACGUGCUGCAGCGUCUCCUACACAAACCACUAAGGACCAAACAGAAUGUGAAGAUGUUCUGACUUCAGUGCACAAUGACAAGAUACACGCACAACUUCGAGUUUUAUACUCCGAUGCAUGAUUUGAGACGUGUUUUUAAUGUUGACUCCUGUCCGUUACUAUGGUGAGAACCUGAGGGUCCCGGCCGGGUCAGGCUGCCGUUAGCGAGACCUGGGGGCCCGGUAGAAGCGCAGCGCCGUCUCGUGGACUUUCUGCAGUAGCAGCAAGGCGAGCGGAGUGGACAGGAGAAGCACAAACGUGAAACAAAAGAUCAUGCUACUUCAGUUAUAUAAAAAAAAAGGACUUCUGCUUACAUGGCUUUCUUUACCCAUUUUAACUCAAAAUUAUACUCUUCUUUUUGACUUGUGUAUGACCGUUGCCAGCAUCCGCUGUUUCAGAAUACCUAUAAAACCUUUGUUUAAUACGUAGUGUUUGAUACGCUAUCCACACUGGAUUGGUUUUCAGUCGUUUAUUUGGGCUUGAACCCUUUUUUAAAAUCAGUCAUUGAAAGUAAUUAAAGUACUUUAGUUGUACUUUCAAUCUACCGCUACUCUAUUCUGUACUUCUACUCCAUCACUAUUCAGACUUUGCAGAUUUGAGAUUAAAAACAUAUAAUCAACAAAUGAAUUAUGAAGCAUCAUCAUAGGUUAAGAUAAGACUUUGUUGAAAUGGGCCAUUCUGCAUAAUGAGUUACUUUUAUGUUUGGUAUUUUAAGUAUAUUGUGAUGCCAAUACUUUUGUACUACUUUUGAAUGCAGGGCUUUUACUUGUAACGGAGUAUUUUUAACAGGUACUGCAGUUUUUACUUAAGUUUCAGCUCCUUUUCUUUCCUCUGGAAACUGUAAAAUGGCAUCAGACAACUUCAGCAGUUGCACUCAGCAACACUUUCUAGACAAUUCUGGUUCACUGACAUCAUGUUAUUUACGGUCAAGACUAAGAAGCUCGCCGCACUUCAACAUGGAUGAUCAGAGAAACGGUUGAUUACUCAGCGGCAUUUGGCAACGACAUGCGAUUUUACAAAAUUACUCCGCGGUUAUCGCAUCUCUCUGCGUGUCACACUAGACCUGUGUGAAAAUAGGAAUCAGUUUCGUCUGUAAAUCAGCAGACGGGCAUCUUUACUUAUUUUUGCCAUAACAUAACCUUUACAUUUCUCAAUACACCUUUAACAUGGCUGCAUGUCUCUCCAGACCAAUCGACAAUCUUCCGUUUCAUUUCUUUUCGGUUGAGAAUAUUUGUUUGGUUCUACUCCUUUCAAACCAUUGAAAAUAUUUUAUGUGUAAACCCGGUAGGAAUGAUUGAUGCAUUCUUCUGUUUUGUGGUUCCUAGUUGACGAAAAUCUAACAUUUCUUUGUCUUUCUCUAGUUCCUAUAACAGGAACUUUUUAUACCACACUAAGGUCUUGUUGGUAAAAUAUAUUUGUUUUGUCAAGUUAGGCUGUUGUAUUAAUCUGUGAAUAAUUAUAGCAAAUAGCACUGAGUGAAAUGUAUUAUGAAAGAGUCGAUAACGUGAGAAUUCAGCUUGUUUGAUACAAGCCGAGACAUUUCAUGACAUGUUUUCAUAUUUUAAAAAAUUUGCACCUGUAAAA